GAGAAGUUGAAUCAGUGGUAUGGCAAGAUCUUUGCACAGCUGCAAGCUGACAUGAGUGACAGCAGUCUUGCUUCAGUGCAUGAGUGGAUGGAGAGAACUUUUCCAAACACAACUGCCAAGAACCAACUGAUGACAGAUUUUUCCAAUCUGGAGUCAGAAUGCCGAAAGAUUUUGGCAGCCCCAGACAAUGGAACAAUCACUUCUGAUGUUCCAGAAGUUCUGGUCCACAAUGAUGUGCCAGUCCGCUUCAAAAUCAGGUUGCACAACUUUGGCUUCUUGGAGGACUCACAGCUGAAGGGGCCAGUUCAGUCUUAUGCUGUGAGCCUUGGGUUGCAUGCAUGUUUGGCCAAGCAUGGGCAUGUCAAUAUCCAUGUUGCUAGCUUGUUCAGCAAGAUUCCAGGAUUGGUUCAGCUUAGGAGGGACAACAUCCAGAAGUUCAUGACCAAUCAGAAGGGCAACCAAACCAACAAAUACCCCCUGGAGAUCCUCUUUGACUAUGUUUGCAAGCUCAACCAGCAUCCAGUGAAGCCAGGUUCAGUGAUUCCGGCGUUCAGCAUCGCCAUGUUCAUUGGCAGCUCGACCAUCAUGUCAUCAUUCUUGCUGUGCAUCUAUGCUUGCAAGCUCAAGAUUAUUGGCGCAGUGAAGGGCGACCUAAAGCUCGAGCGCGAGGUGGCUACAAGGUUGCUGAGUUGCUUGGUGAUUCACUGCACAGCUGUUACUGCCACCAAUCAUGAUCAGGCAAUGCUGAAUGCAUUUGCCCAGAAGCGGGAGGCUUUGACGACUCGAGAUGCGCAUCUCCGCAGCAUCAUGGUGGAGCAGAACAAGUUGAGUGUCACUAAAGCCAAGAUCCACAGCAAUGAGAUGACAGCGAUCCUUUUGCUAGAUUCAGCUGGUCCAGGUUUUCAGAAGAUCAUUGCCAAGGCUCACAUGGCUGACCAGCCGCAGGACACUGCCUUUCCCCUCUCGCUCUUGAACAAAGACUUCCUGAAGAAGGAGGAUAACCCCCUGUGGCAUGCCAUCCAUGAGCACAGCUGGGACAAAGUCACUACUUGGGCUCAGCGUGUUUCAGGAAAAUGGGAUCACCGCAUGCAGCAAGCCCUGAAAGCUGGCCAGGCGUUGAGCUACAAGAAUGGUGCAGUGGCCGCCGACAUGCGUGACAGCGGCAAAGAGUUGAAUGUGUGGUACAUGGCACAAGCCAUGUGUUACUUUGAUGACCAUUUCCAAAAAGCUCUGAAGCCAGACAGAUUUGACCAAGUCAAAUCAGAUUGGCUGGCUGGCAAGCUGGACACACAGAUUUUGCCAGCAGUCCUCGCCAAGAGAAAGGACUUCCAACCGCGCGACUUCCAGUUCGUCUUGCUGGAGCAACAGGAUGCCUUGUCUGGACUGAACUUCUUGAGUUUAGGCAGUUCAGAGAAGCAGGAAUCCCUCCAACGCUUGCACAAGCAACUGGGGCAAGAACAGAAAGCCUGGCGAGCCCACAUGGCAAAGGUCAAGGCGCAUGAGGACAGCUCCAUGGGUUCCUUCAACCGCCAAGUAUCUCGACAACAGGAGGCCUUGGAGGAGGCAUGGCAGGAGCAGAGCACAAAGUUCAUUCAGGUGUUCAGCUGUGCAGAUGUUGCUGGUGCAAUACUCCUGGUCAAUCAAGCAAAGGCCAUGAUUGCUGACGAGCAGCUGAAGGAUGCAAGUGGCAUCCCAUGUAUUUUUGAAUGGAACUUUCCAAAGGCUGGAGCAAGAGCCAGCAAACUGAUCCCAGCAGUGGCAAGCACCAUUGCAGUGUCAUGCAGUGAGAAUCCAAAGACAGUCAUCCAUGUUGUCAUUCCACCCUGCCAGCCAGUGUAUGGCAAGGGAGACUCUGCUGGAGAUGAACGAAUUGCCAGCAUCGAGGACCACGUGAACAAUUUGUGGCAGCAGCUCAACGAUCCAUCCCACCGUCUUUCUGUGCGCAAAGUCAAUGCACUGUGGAACUCAGAGACCUUUUACUCCUCCGACAGAGAGUUGGGUUUUGAGGUAUGGCUUGUCCUUGCAGAGUCGACCAGGGAUGUGAGCAAAAGCACCCGCUCCUACAACAAUGUCUUUGGCAACAGCAGCCUUCUCAAGAGAGGUGCCUUCCCCUUCCUCCUCAAUGCGAUGGAAAGGAAAGAUUUUCAGAACUGGAAAGCCCCACUGGGGUUUGACCAGGGCAAAGUGGCCCAUGGACAGGACACAGCACAGUGGUUUUCAGGAGUUCAGGUGUUCUGUAGUUCAAUCACUGAGCUGUGCAAGGGGUCCAUUCUCCAGAAGGAUGAUUUCCUGCUGGUGGCCGACAUGCUGAUGUAUGACUCCGAGAAUGUCAUUGCAGAGAAUGUGAAAGAGGACCUGGCUUCAGUGGUCAAGGUGAAGAUCCGCAGCAAGAACUACCGCAUGCCCAGCACUGUAGCGAUCCCAGAGGUGGUGAAAUCAGAUGCUGCAGAUCCGGCACCCAAGUACAACCCUGAUGACUUCAAGCUGACUUACCCAAGAUCGAAUCUGCAGCUUCCCUUGCUCCAAAAGGUGGUCACGGAAGGGGAGUCGUUGCAGGUCAGCAUGCCUGACCCAGAGAAUCCUGCAGAGUUGCUGACUUUCCCAAAGCUGGUCAAGAUUCACAAUGAUGAGUUCAAUCCUUCAGGGCAGCCAUGGAACCCUGACCAAGGUCAAGGUGAAAAACGCAAGGCCGAGGGGGAGCCUGAGUGUGGUCCCAAAGUGGUGGUGGAAGUAGUUUCGCCUCCAGAUGGCUUGAUCCCUACAGGAGUGCAGGGUGCAGAUGGUGCCUUUCAGUUGUUUCUGGACCCCAAGGAAGCAAGCCUUUAUUUGCAUUGCGCCAAGGAUUCAGCAGUUGGUCCUGAUGAAAAGCCUUGGUUCUAUUGCAAAGGAUCUUUCAGAGCAGGCUCCCAGGCAGAUGCUGAAAUGAAGAAAGCAGGGGCGCAAUUCAUUGAUUCAGCUAUGACCAAAAGCACCAAGGUCCUUGUGCAACAGAUUGGUUCUGCAUUGGAAAUUCCACAACAGCCCACCCCAUUGGGGGCUGUGCUUGAAGCCUUUUCUAGCCUCCGCCAACCCGUUGGCCAAAUCUUCAAGCACAAGUGCACUGAUUCAGAGGUGAAGGCCACUGAAAGCAUUUGCUUUGUCUUGGAGAUCAAUACCAAGCCUGUGGCCCCCAACAAGCCCAUUGAGCCCAAUGUUUUGUCCACCUAUGUGGAGCUCUCCAAGCACAGUCACAUUGAGGCUGUUCAGAACUUGAAAUAU